AAAAAGAUGAAUAAAAUUGAGGAAACCUGGAAUAGGAUUAAUACUCACAAAGGAGUUGAGGGAAUCAUUAUCAUCGACUCCAUGGGAUCAGCCAUUAAGACCACAAUGGACCAGAACAAGACCAUUGAAUACGGAUCCCUUGUGAACCAGUUCUGAGAGAAAGCCAUCCUUUGAAUCAAGUCUUUGCAUGAGGAGGAAGAAAUUGUAUUUAUCAGAAUUAGAUCUCAGAAUAAGAAUGAAAUUAUGAUUGCUCCAACUGAAGAUUAUACUCUGAUUGUAGUCCAGAACCCCUCAGAGGAAGCUUCCUAA